AUGUCUUCCACGCCCUCCUCGCCGAGCGGCGUUUCUGCCACGUCGAGCGCGGACUACUCCUCAGCCACGUCGGCCGACCUUACCAACGAGACGGCCGACGUCGACCCCAAGCUCUCUGCCGAGGAGCGCAAGCGGCAGGCGCAGGAGGUCAAAGAGGCCGGCAACCGGUGUUUUGUCCAGGGCGACUAUACGCAGGCCAAGGUGCUCUACACGCAGGCCAUUGCCCUCGACCCAUCGGUCCCUGCGCUGUGGAGCAACCGCGCGGCGUGCGAGCUGAAGCUCGAGCAGCACGGCCUGGCCAUUGAGGAUGCCGGCAAGGCGAUUGAGCUCGACGAGAAGUUUGCCAAGGCCUACUUCCGCCGCGCGUCUGCGCACCUCUCGAUCCUGGACCCCAAGGCGGCGCUGCCGGACCUGCGCAAGGUCCUGCAGCUCGACUCGAAGAAUGCGACGGUCCGCGCGCAGCUCGACGCGACGGUCAAGCUGGUGCGCCGUCUCGAGUUUGAGCGUGCGAUCCGCGUCGAGGCGGGCAUGCCGACGAGCUACACGAUCCAGGAGCACCUCGAGAACGGCACCGGCGGCGCGGUGAUCAAGCCCGACUACGACGGGCCGCUCCUGCCCACCGACGAGAGCAGCAAGACGGAGAUCACGCCGGCGGUGGACAGCAUGCCCUUUUUGGGCCGCAUCGACGAGGCGUUCAUCGAAAAGAUGAUUGAAUACUUCAAGGAGGGCAAGCGCCUCCCGAACGGCGUCGCCUGGGCGAUUGUCCUCGGCGCGCUGCGCGAGUUUGAGAAAGAGCCUGCGAUGGUUUCGUACACCGUCCCCGAAGGCACCACGAUCGACGUCGUGGGCGAUACCCACGGCCAAUUUUACGACUUCCUCCAUCUCCUCUCGAUGACCGGCCGGCCAUCCAAGACGCACGCCGUGCUCUUCAACGGCGACUUUGUCGACCGCGGCUCCUGGUCGGUGGAGAUUGCCUUGACGAUCUUCGCGUACAAGUGGCUAUACCCCCACACGACGCUCGUCAACCGCGGCAACCACGAAACGAGCGACAUGAACAAGGUGUACGGCUUCGAGGGCGAGUGCAAGGCCAAGUUCGGCAACGACAUCACCUUUAAGCUCUUCACCGAGGUGUUUGUCGCCAUUCCGCUUGCCACGCUCAUCACCGCGCCCAAGCAGCCGCUUCCCGCGGAAAAGCUCCCGGCGAGCGCAAGCAAGUCGCUCGCGCAGACCGCGCCCAUCCUCGACAAGGAAACAGGCGUGAAGCGCUUCUUUGUCGUGCACGGCGGCCUCUUUUCGCAGGACGACGUGACACUCGACCAGAUCCUCGCGAUCGACCGCUUCGCAAAGAAGCAGCCCGGCCAGGAGGGCCUCAUGAUGGAGCUCCUCUGGAGCGACCCGCAGGCGGCCCCGGGCCGCGGCCCGAGCAAGCGCGGCGUCGGCCUCGGCUUCGGCCCCGACAUUACGCGCGCGUGGUGCGAACUGAACGGUAUUACUGCCGUCCUGCGCAGCCACGAAGUGCGCCAGGGCGGCUACGCGGAAGAGCACGAGGGUCUCUGCUGCACCGUCUUUUCCGCGCCGAACUACUGCGACUCGGCGGGGAACCUUGCGGCGUUCGGCCGCAUCGACGACCAGGGCACGCUGUCCUGGACCACGUUUACCGCGCAGCCGCACCCCAACAUCCGCCCGAUGGCGUACGCGAGCGGCGCUAUGGGCGGCCUGGUCGCCUAA